GCGAAAUGUCUAUUUCCGUAAUUUCGCAAUUGUUCAUGGGUCUCCCGUCGUCUCUCUUUCUUUCUCCUUCCUCCAUCGAUUUCAAAAACACACUCCGAUUAAUCUCUCUCUCCGCCCAUACCUCUCUCUCGUGAUUGUUCUCUGAGAAUUCUCUAAAUCUUCAACCAAAACCUCUCUCUCCCACCUUCAAAACCUCCUUGUAAUUCACCAAUUGCUAUAUGAAACCCUAGUUUUCUCAAAAUCCCAAAUAUUUUGACUUGGAAACAAAAAAAUCCGAAUGGAUGGUGUAACCAGCAAAGUAACCACCAGCGACGGUGGUGGAGAAUCAAUGGAGAUUAAGCCAUCUCCUCAACCACAGCCCGCGGCGAUUUUAAGUUCAAACGCGCCUCCUCCGUUUCUGAGCAAGACCUAUGACAUGGUUGAUGAUCCAGCUACCGAUUCGAUUGUUUCUUGGAGUGAUACUAACAACAGUUUUAUCGUUUGGGAUCCACCGGAGUUCGCUCGAGAUCUUCUUCCUAAGAACUUUAAGCAUAACAAUUUCUCCAGCUUCGUUAGACAGCUAAAUACCUAUGGUUUCCGGAAGGUUGACCCAGAUAGAUGGGAAUUUGCGAAUGAAGGUUUCUUAAGAGGUCAGAAGCACUUGCUUAAAACAAUAACUAGGCGAAAACCUGCCCAGGGACAUGGACAUGGACAUCCGCAAUCUCAGAACUCGAAUGGACAGAACUCAUCUGUUAGUGCAUGUGUUGAAGUUGGCAAAUUUGGUCUUGAAGAAGAAGUUGAAAGGCUUAAAAGAGAUAAGAACGUCCUUAUGCAAGAACUCGUCAGAUUAAGACAGCAGCAACAGUCCACUGAUAACCAACUUCAAACGAUGGUUCAGCGUCUCCAGGGCAUGGAGAAUCGGCAACAACAAUUAAUGUCAUUCCUUGCAAAGGCAGUACAAAGCCCUCAUUUUCUAUCUCAAUUCUUACAGCAGCAGAAUCAGCAAAACGAGAGGCGCAUCAGUGAUACCAAUAAGAAGCGGAGAUUCAAGCGAGACGGCAUUGUCCGUAAAAAUGAUUCUGCUUCUCCUGAUGGACAGAUAGUGAAGUAUCAACCUCCAAUGCACGAGCAAGCCAAAGCAAUGUUUAAACAGCUUAUGAAGAUGGAACCUUACAAAACCGGCGAUGAUGGUUUCCUUCUAGGUAAUGGUACUUCUACUACCGAGGGAACAGAGAUGGAGACUUCAUCAAACCACGCCUCAGGUAUAACUCUUCAGGAAAUGCCAACAGCUUCUGAGAUACAGUCAUCAUCACCAUCAAUUGGAACAACUCCUGAAAAUGUUUCAGCAGUACCAGAAGGAACCGAGAACUGUAUUCCUUCACCUGAUGAUCUAACUCUUCCCGAAUUCACUCAUAUGCUACCGGAAAAUAACGCAGAGAAGCCUCCAGAGAAUUUCAUGGAACCAAAUAUGGGAGGUUCUAGUCCAUUACUAGACCCAGAUCUGUUGAUCAACUUUGACAUCGACGACUUUCCAAUGGACCCUGAUAUGGGCCCUGUUGAUUACAAAUUACUCGAAGACUUACUCAUGUCAAGCCCGGUUCCAGAUAAUAUGGAUUUCACACCAGUGGACAAUGAGACAGAGCAGAAACAAAAUGGAUGGGACAAAACUAAACAGAUGGAUAAUCUGACUCAACAGAUGGGUCUCCUCUCGCCUGAAACCAUAGAUCUCUCAAGGCAAAAUCCUUGAUUUUGGGAGUUUUAAAAGUCUUUUGAGGUAACAGAAGUCCCUGAGAGAUCAGCAUAUUCAUUUCACGCACUGAUCAUUUCUUUCUUCUUUCUUAUAUCAAACUUGUAUAACAUUCAACUCUCAAUUUUACACAAUAUCAAGAUGAGAAUGUGUCAUGUUUCAAUGUCUUGUUGAAUUUUGAGCUUAUUUCCCGUGAAGAUGAGCAAUGUGAACUUAUAAAGUCAACAGAAUUGUCCAUAUGUUCUCUU